AUGUCGGAAAGCAAGCCACCGGCAGCUGCUUCUGCAGCCUCGCAGCAAGAGAAGAGCCUCGAGCCCGAAGAGGCGGUCAAGUUGCUGAACCAGGGAAAUGAUUCGAACUCCAACAAUGGCGGCGGCAGCGGCCAGGCGGUGGUCAACCUGCCAAACGUCACCAGCAGCGGCUCCAGCGGCGUGGGCAUGUCGAAGAAGGAGCUGAUGAAGUACGCGAACGACCCCUUCUGGGUGCGCCUGCGCACCUUUCUCUUCGUCCUCUUCUGGGUCGUCUGGGUGGCGAUGCUCGUCGGCGCCGUCCUCAUCAUCGCCCUCGCGCCGGGCUGCCCGGCCACCGCAUCGCUGCCCUGGUGGAAGAAGUGCGCCCUCGCCCGCGUCGAGGUGAAGCUGCCCACCGGCACCGGCGCCACGCCCAAGGAGGUGCUCACCUCGGCCACGGCUCAGCUGCGCAAGCUCGAGGGCGGCCUGAAGGCGCUGAAGGAGGCCAACCUCGACGCCCUCAUCGUCUCCGGCCUGGACGCCUUCUUCCUCGACCCGACGCUGCAUGGAAGCGAAAAUGGCACCGAGGAGGUCCUCGAGAAGUUCCGCGACGCGCUCACCUCCCUCAACGCGGCCGUCCACGGCGACGAGGUGAAGGCGAAGAUUCUCUACGCGCUCACCCUCGACCAGACCUCGGUGGGCCAUGAGUGGCACCGCCAGUCGGCGGACGAUGUGAAGGCGAAGAUUUCCGGUGGAGGAGGGGAACUCUCCCAGAACUCCAGCACCUCCUCCUCCUCCUCCUCCACUGCCGGCCACUACCUCUGGCGAAAGGCGCUCCUCUCUGGCACCGACCUGAUCUGGAAGUUCAACGUCGACAACCGCCUCUACUUUGGCACCCGCUCCACCGACCAGGUGGCCGCCCUCAACUACGGCGACGCGGCGCUGAAGGAGAAGAUGCGCGCGCUGGUGCUGAGCUGGGUCCGCUCCAAGGUGGACGGCAUCCAGGUGGACGGCGACUUCUACGUCGACCCGUCCGCCUCCGUGGACGACUCCUCGGCGCGAACCUUCGCCUCGGCGGAGACGCUGGCCGAGGUUCGGAAGUGGAUCAAGUCGGGCGGCGAGAACAAGGCGCUGCUGGUCAGCGGCAGCAGCCUGACGGGCGGCCUCCUGAAGUCGCACACCGAGGCGAACUACUUUGAGCUGGCGCCAGAGAGUGAACUGUGGUCGCUGCUCUCUGCCUCGGGCGACAACCUCCUGCCCGCCCUGAAGAAGCUCUUCACCGACUACCAGGAGGCGGACAAGGCGGAGGCGGAAGCUGCGGCCGCAGCGGUGGCGGCGGCCAACAAAACCACCGACGGAACUCCCGCCGCACCUUCCGCCGCCGAGGUGAAGGCGAAGAUUGGCCUCGGCUGGCGCUCCUUCACCGUCGACUACCCCGCCAACAAGGGCAACCGCAUCAGCGUCCACAGCGGCCUGACGAUGGCCGAGGCCGUCCUCACCGCCCUCCACCUCCUGCCCAAGUCGAACCCGAUCAUCGUGACGGAGGCGAGCGCCGACACCUCCGCCUCGCCCACCUCCACCGCCGUCGACUCGCUGGCCCACCUGGGUCGAAAUCGCCUGCUGGCCGAUCUGACCCGCCUCCGUCGCGAGCAGUCCGAGUCCUUCAUGCUGGGCAGCACCAUCCUCCCCGAGGUGAUGACCCACAACGGCAAGGGCGAGGUGCUGGCCGUCACCCGUGUCUACAAGCAGAAGAACGCCUACCUGCUGGUGAUCAACUUUGCCUCCACCUCGCAGGAGUUUGAGGUGAAGGGCGGCGCCGGGGUGGGCUUCGACCGGGAGGUGAGCGUCGCCAGGGUGGUCCUCGCCGACAGCCAGAACCUGAGCAUCGUCGGCAAAGAGGUGGACAUUGCCAAGCUGAAGCUGGAGCCGAAGAGCUUCCUCCUGGUGGAGCUGGCGCCCAGGGACUAA